GCAAGCCGUGGGUUGCAGGCGCUAGCAAAUACAAUUUACUGGAGACUCGACCAGUGUGACUAAAACUGCUCGACAGUGAGAUGAAACUGUUCCAUGCUCCAUAAUAUUACCGUAGUUUACAAACUGAUUAUUGUGGCACAGUCUAGCCCUACGUGUGCGAAGUUGAAAUGACUCAAAGACUGUUUGAAAUGUGCAGGGCGUUGCGUUGAAACACCUGCUCCGACAUGCACAGAUAUAUGUUCUUUCCGAGCGUAUUAUUUUCUUGAUUGGAGCUGGAACUAGAGUGUUGUUAGCUAGCUUGCUAUGUGUUGACUGGAAGGACAGUGCGUCACCGUUCAAGAUGGACACUGCCGAAGAAGCUGAUAUAUGCAGGGUUUGUCGGUCAGAGGGGACCCCUGACAAGCCCCUUUACCACCCCUGUGUAUGUACCGGAAGCAUCAAGUUCAUACAUCAGGAAUGCCUUGUUCAGUGGCUGAAACACAGCCGAAAAGAAUAUUGCGAAUUAUGCAAACAUCGAUUUGCAUUCACACCAAUCUACUCUCCAGACAUGCCCUCCCGGCUGCCAGUGCAGGACAUCUUUGCUGGCCUGGUGACCAGUAUCGGCACAGCCAUCCGUUACUGGUUUCAUUAUACACUGGUGGCAUUCGCCUGGCUCGGUGUCGUCCCUUUAACAGCGUGUCGCAUCUACAAAUGUCUGUUCACAGGCUCUGUAAGUUCACUGCUGACGCUGCCACUCGACAUGCUCUCCACGGAGAACCUGCUGGCGGACUGCCUGCAGGGCUGCUUCGUGGUGACUUGCACGCUGUGUGCCUUCAUCAGCCUGGUGUGGCUCAGGGAGCAGAUUGUCCACGGCGGUGCCCCGCUGUGGCUCGAACAGAACCAGCAGCAGCCUGCCAAUGCCCCCCCACGGCCCAACGAGCCCCCUGCCCCAGGCAAUGAUGCGGGUGCGGCGGGUGAGCAGCCGGCUGCUCCCGCCCCUGCUGCGGUUCCGGAGGAGAACGCGGUGUUGGCCGAGGCCCUGGAGGCGCAGGCCGAGCCCGAGGAGCUGGAGCUGGAUAACGAGGAGGAAGAGGAGGCUGGCGCGGAGGACGCAGCAGACGCCAACAACGCAGCACAAGAUGAUAUGAACUGGAACGCCCUGGAGUGGGACAGAGCAGCAGAGGAGCUCACCUGGGAAAGGAUGCUGGGACUGGAUGGGUCCUUGGUGUUCUUGGAACAUGUGUUCUGGGUGGUCUCGCUGAACACACUCUUUAUUCUGGUGUUUGCGUUUUGUCCCUAUCACAUUGGACAUUUUUCUGUGGUGGGCCUUGGCUUUGAGGAAUAUGUCAAGGCAUCGCAUUUCGAGGGGCUCAUCACGACCAUUGUUGGAUACGUGCUCCUCGCCAUCACUCUCAUUGUGUGCCAUGGAUUAGCAGCAUUGGUGAGAUUCCAAAGAUCUCGGCGGUUAUUAGGAGUGUGCUACAUUGUUGUAAAGGUGUCGCUGCUCGUAGUGGUGGAGAUUGGUGUCUUCCCUCUUAUCUGUGGGUGGUGGUUGGAUAUCUGCUCCCUGGAGAUGUUUGAUGCUUCCUUAAAGGACAGAGAGCUGAGUUUUGAGUCCGCCCCGGGAACAACCAUGUUCCUCCACUGGCUCGUUGGAAUGGUCUACGUCUUCUACUUUGCCUCUUUCAUCCUCCUGUUGCGUGAGGUGCUCAGGCCUGGUGUGUUGUGGUUUCUCCGAAACUUAAAUGACCCCGAUUUCAAUCCAGUACAAGAGAUGAUUCACCUGCCAAUAUACAGACACCUGAGAAGGUUCAUUUUGUCUGUGGUGGUGUUUGGAUCCAUUGUUCUUCUGAUGCUGUGGCUUCCCAUCCGCAUAAUCAAGCACCUGCUUCCCUCCUUCCUGCCAUACAACGUAAUGCUGUACAGAGUGUCUCGAGGCCAGAGAGCGGCCUCUAACGGCUCUCAUGUGUUGUUCCCCUUUGCCCUCAGUGAUGCGCCGGUGAGCGAGCUGUCCCUGGAGCUGCUGCUGCUGCAGGUGGUGCUGCCGGCUCUGCUGGAGCAGGGACACACGCGCCAGUGGCUCAAGGGCCUCGUCAGGGCCUGGACCGUCACUGCCGGAUACCUCCUGGACCUCCACUCCUACCUGCUGGGGGAUCAGGAGGAGAACGACAACAAUGCCAACAACAACCAGCAGGCGCGCAACAACAACAACAACAACGCCAUCCCCGUGGUGGGAGAGGGCCUGCACGCGGCCCACCAGGCCAUCCUGCAACAGGGCGGCCCCGUCGGCUUCCAGCCAUACCAUCGGCCAAUGAAAUUCCCCCUCCGGAUUGUCCUGCUGAUUGUGUUCAUGUGCGUGACUCUGCUUUUGGCCAGCCUUGUGUGCCUCACUCUACCAGUGUGUGCUGGCCGCUGGCUGAUGUCCUUCUGGACGGGCAGUGCCAAGAUCCACGAGCUGUACACGGCGGCGUGCGGCCUGUACGUGUGCUGGCUGUCCAUCCGCGCCAUCACCGUGCUGCUGGCCUGGAUGCCUCAGGGGCGACACGUCAUCCUGCUCAAGGUCCAGGAGUGGACACUCAUGAUCCUGAAGACCGUGAUCGUGGCCGUGCUGCUUGCAGGAGUGAUCCCUCUGCUGCUGGGUCUGCUGUUUGAGCUGGUCAUCGUCGCACCCCUCAGGGUGCCCCUGGACCAGACCCCCCUCUUCUACCCUUGGCAGGACUGGGCCUUGGGUGUUCUGCAUGCCAAAAUCAUUGCUGCCAUUACCCUUAUGGGCCCGCAGUGGUGGCUGAAGACUGUGAUUGAGCAGGUGUACGCCAACGGGAUCCGCAACAUUGACCUGCACUUCAUCAUCCGCAAGCUGGCGGCCCCAGUCAUCGCUGUGCUGCUGGUGUCUCUCUGCGUCCCCUAUGUCAUCGCCGCAGGCAUCGUUCCCAUAAUAGGAGUGACGCGGGAGAUGGAGAACCUGGUGCAGCGGCGUAUCUACCCCUUCCUGCUCAUGGUGGUGAUGCUCAUGGGCAUCCUCUCCUUCCAGAUCCGCCAGUUCAAGCGCCUUUACGAACACAUCAAGAACGACAAGUAUCUUGUUGGCCAGAGACUUGUGAACUAUGAACGGAAAUCUGGGAAGUCCAACACUGCUACUCACAGUAGCUCCCCGCAGGAGUAAGCGCCUGAGCUAAAGGGGACUUGAUCCAAGCCUGCUUGGAGGAGGUUGGACUGUGCGCCGCGCAUGUCACUGUUUGUGUGAGGGAGAGGAGCCAGGCGCAAGGAAACCAGAACUCUGUGAGUGUGUGAUGUGAGAGAGGGAGACAUCAGAGAGAGAGAGAGAGAGAGAGAGAAGUCUCCAGUGCCCCCUUCCCUCCUCGCCUCGCCUCUCCUCCAACUGUUGAGCUCUCCAAACUGGCGCAUGAUGACCUGCUUCACCUUUUGUGCACUACAGCUCUGGAAGUCUCCUCAGCUUCUGCUGCCAGUCUGGCUGUGCCUACCUGGGGAGUGUGGAGGAGAGCCUGUUGGCACACUGCCACAGGAAACGGGCAGUGACAAGAACAACUGUGUACAACAUGAAGAAUGCUUAAGCUAGACGCCCAACACAAUUCUGGAAGAUAUUUUUUUCCUUGGAUACCUUAAAAAAUUAAGUAUGAAGUUGUCUUUUUGUUAUUGUUUAAUUUGAACUGGUGUGGCUGCGGAUGGGCAUAUAUUUUUUUUUAAUUUGAAGACUAUUUUUUGUCAAACUCACAAAAAGGACAAAAAGUGUUAUUGAUGACUAACUUGGGAGAGGUCAAACUCAUAGGUUUUUUUGUAUUUAUUAGUUCCUAUGUUGUUCCGGAGGAAUUAAAGAAGAUAACAUUAUUUCCAAGUCCAUCAUCCUCUUGCAUGUUGCCGCGGGUGAUGACGGCUGUGCUUCCCCCUCACGCGGUCUGGUGAUGAGAGCUGUACUCCAAGAGUCUUCUUUUCCUCGUGACCUCAUGGCAGUGGUUGCAGAUGGACUUUGAGCGUGGACGUGGGUGGCCUUGGAUAGAUAUUUCAGAAUGCUGACACACUUUCUCCGUAGCAGCACAGGUCUAAGCACUGUGGGGGACACAGGGCCUAGCGCAGCGCGAUGCGGCCACAGAGCUAUUCUGUGGAGCUCUUCGACUCUCUGCUUGUUGGCUUGUGUCUGAACAAGAACGACGAGUGCCCUUUCAAGAGGCAUAGCGAUUGAGCAUAUUUAUUUUGUUAGCGGUGUUACAAAAUGUUGACUGCAUCUGUCCAGUUUUCAAGUGUGUCCUGUAAAAUCCGUUUUCUUGCCACACUUCAUGUGCCCGUUGUAACUUCCAUGGUGGAGACACUGUUGCACGUGUAGCAGUUGGUUGCACUUUGUUUUUGUUUUUUGUUGGGUUUUUUUAUGUUUUCGUUUGAUGAAAGAGUAGCAAUAGUUAGGAAUCUUCCAUUUUGAUGCAUACAAUCAGUAUUGAUGUACUUUGACAGUGAAUAACAAGUUUAAAGGUCCAAUAUGCAAGAUUUCGCUUAAAUUAUUGAGAUUUGGCAGGGCAGAUAAGUGACUUUUUCUUUUUUUUUUAACUUGCCACAACAAGCAGAAAUUGAGAAAUUCAGGUUGUUCAUGUCCAUGAUUAUUGGGUAAUGCAGUUAAAGAUGACACGAGGACCCGCCUUCAUGUGUGCAUACCAGUGUGUCAUUUGAAGACACUAGGAAUACUUGAAAUUGAUAUUAGCGAGAAAAAAAAGUCAUGACAAAUUGUUAAGUUUGUGAAUGGGCAACACGGAUGCUGAAGACCUAAACAUUUUCUGCACUGGAACUUUAGUUGUUAAAAAAAAAGGAAAUCAAUUCACAAUUAAAAAUGUCAUGCUCUACUGUCGAAGAAUUAAGCAUUGUAUUUUAUUGUCUAAACGAUUUUGACAAGAUAUUUGUAAAUAUUGUAAACAUAAAAGCACUUUUUGGAUUUCUUUUUCUUUUUUUUCAUAAUAACUUUUCAUUUUUACAUUUCAAGCAGCUGCUGCAAGUUGAAGGCUCUGAUUGAAAGGCUCUGUUGAAUUUGUAUCAGAAUGCCGCAGAUGUAGUGUUAAAAAAAAUAAGUUGAGAUUCUAUAAGUGACCUUAUAGUUUCUUACAACACGAAACUGGAAAUUGUGCUUCUUGACCUUUGUUUUGGCUUCAUCUAAAGGCAAAAGCUCUAUUUUUAUAUGUGCAUAUUAGAGGAGCUUCUGAUUGCAUUUGACUCUUUCUCUUUCUCUCCGCCUCUCCCUCCGCCUCCCUGCGGUUCUCCUUUUGUGAUGGGGUGGCAGCGGACAGCUCUGCUGUUUGAUUGAAAUCAGCAUGCUGUCAAAGAGUCAGUGGCACAGUUCUGAUUGCUCCCACUCACCUGGAAAAAUAAAACCUUUUGUCCUACA